AUGAGGGCGCAGGUGCCGUACGCCCUGCUUCAUAGAGCCCAGGCCUGGGGGGGGUGCGCACGUCUUGCCGGGGGCGGGACUUCCGGCACGCGGCCAUUGAGAUUCCCGCCGGCCCGACCGUGUGCUGACUUGACUCUGACGCACACAGCCCGGCCAGGAUGAAGGUGAAGAUAAAGAGCUGGAAUGGUGUAGCCUCUUGGCUCUGGGUGGCCAAUGAUGAGAACUGUGGCAUCUGCCGGAUGGCCUUUAAUGGCUGCUGCCCAGACUGUAAGGUGCCUGGAGAUGACUGCCCUCUGGUGUGGGGCCAGUGCUCCCACUGCUUCCACAUGCACUGCAUUCUCAAGUGGCUGAAUUCACAGCAAGUCCAGCAGCACUGUCCUAUGUGCCGGCAAGAGUGGAAAUUCAAGGAGUGACAGAGCCCCCCGCAGCCAGCAGAUCUACUUGGAUUUAAUGGACUGUUGUUAAAGUGUUUUGUUGGGAUUCAGCCCCUCUGUUCACACCCUGGAACAGCGAAUUAUUUAUACAGCAUCAUAUACAUACCUGGCCCUUAUAGAGAACUUUAGCAGAUAAUUCUUGCCCCCAAAUAAUUGACUCAUCAUAGGUAAAAAGGAAGCCUGGGGCAGAUGGAGCAGUGGAGACAUGACUGGUGGUGCAUGUUAACCAUCUGUAUGAUGCAUGUUAACCUUUCCCACCAUGAUUCUGGUUCCACAUGCUGUCAAAGUUUUCAGCAUUAUUAAUUGAUUCAUACUGGGCACAGUCAGUAUUUCAACUUUCUCUGUCCCCUUAAGUUCUACACAGCACAUGUGGGCCUCAGUAAAAAGCCAGGGGUUGGCCUGGGUACAUCUCAUGUUGUCUCUUUUAUGAUAAUGGCUCCUUUUGCCAUGCAGACAUGGGUGCCUUCUUUAAAACACCCUGGACCUGAUUUUUUAAAGAGGUGCUUAUCCUUUGCAACUCCACCCAAAGGCAGGAGUUCAGAACCUUUGAAAAGCUGGCUUCUUAUGGCAGCUUUUCCUUAACUAAAAGGGACCUUCCUGUUUAAACAAAACCUCUCCCAGCUCUUGCAUCAUGGGAACCUUCCCAUCCUUCUUCUCUGAAGAGACCUCUCAGGCCUGUCCUGACCCUGCCUCCCUCUAUUCCCUGAGAAAUCACCACUGUCCAGUGAUGUGGGUAUUCUGUACGUUACUGGUGAGAGAGAGUCACGUCAUCUCAAAGCUUUCUUUAGUUGAAAUGGGAUUCUUAGGGCCAUAUGCAGCUCUCCAUCCAGGCAGGCUGGGCCCUGAACUGAUACCUGCAAAUACAGCAGUAGAGAAAUGAAGGCUGUUGUGUCGCCAGUAGGAUAAGGGGCCUGCCUCCCACCACAACCAGAGAUAUGGCCACAGGUCAGGUGUGCAGUUCUGUAGCAGAAUCAUGUAAAUUCUUUUAACCCAAGUUGCUUUGGGACUAGACCCCUUGCCAACAGUAUAAAUCAGUUCCUAGCUGUAAUGUGCCAAUCCCUGGACUGGUUUCAAUAAACUCAUGGCUGUGAUUAA